AUGGGUUGCUUUUCCGGAUUGUUGCGACUUUUCCUUGUAAUUUUGAAUGCUGUGCUUUUGGUUGCCUUUGCAGCACUGGCAGUAAUGGGAAUGUUAAUUAGGUUCAAUGAAUCCUACUUAAUGGGCUUGCUCUCAAAAGUAGUCGAAAAGUGGCCUGUCAGAUUCCUCCAUGAUCUUAUUAUCUUAAUCCAAAACUUUGGAGGCCCCGUCUCCAUUGCGCUAAUUGCAAUUGGCAUCUUUGUGGCUAUCAUUGCUAUAAUGGGAAUAAUGGCAUUGUUGUGCAAAGCGAAAUGUCUUGCAAAAAUAUACCUCAUAGGUAUUGCUCUACUCAGCGUUGCUGAGCUUGCUAUGAUUAUAUACGUCUUUGCUAUUCCUGGAAAUAUGGAUAAGGUCGUUGAAAAGCUUCUUAAGAAAACGCUUCAAGUGUAUGGCGAAGACAGUAAUAUCGGACAGGCAUCAGUAAGCCUUUGGGAGAUGAUCGGCUCGGGCCCGCCAAAAUCGUGCUGUGGUUUGAGUGGGUAUGAAGAUUUUAAGGAUGGUAAAGAUUUACCAUCAUCGUGUUGUGAAAACACGUCAAAUUCGCCUCCACAAAGCACAAAAUGCACCUACACUGAAGCCAAAGGAAAAAAUGUUGAUGGUUGUAAAGAUAAGAUUGAAAGUUAUGUUAAAGAAAACAAAACGCCUUUCAUCGCCGUUCCUUGCGGCCUCUUUGCUUUCCAGGUGAUCGUUUUGAUUAUUAUGUUUGGUCUAUGCAAACGUUGGAACCGAUAUGAUUAA